AUGGCCACCGCACGAGCACCAGCGGCGCCUGCCGCUAGUGGCACCUCGGUCCCUUUCUCCGUGCGCUCAGCCACUGUCGAGCGCAUCACCAACGAGACACAGAUCCAAUGUACACUCGCGCUCGACACGCACUCGACGUAUGCGCCACAGGUUAUAGAUGUACAGACGGGGAUUGGAUUCCUGGACCAUAUGUUUCAUGCCCUCGCCAAGCAUGGCGGUAUGUCACUCACCCUAAAAUGCAAGGGCGACUUAUGGAUCGACGACCACCACUCGGCCGAAGACUCUGCGUUGGUACUUGGUGAGGCCUUCAAGCAGGCCCUGGGCCCCGUGAAAGGGAUCAACCGCUAUGGCACCGGUCAUGCACCAUUGGACGAGGCACUGUCCCGCGCCGUACUCGACAUCUCCGGGAGACCAUACUGCGUGGCGGAGCUAGGGCUAAAGAGGGAGAAAAUUGGGGACUUGAGCUGCGAGAUGAUCCCGCACGUCUUCCAUUCGUUUGCAAUCGCUGCCGGCGUCACGCUGCAUAUCGAUUGCUUGAGAGGGGACAACGACCACCACAGGAGCGAGUCAGCAUUCAAGGCACUCGCGCUGGCUAUCAAACAUGCUGUUGCUCAGACUGGUACAGAUGAUGUUCCAAGCACAAAAGGGGUUUUGUGA